AAAAAAAAAAAAAAAGGAAAAUAUAUUUGGUUGGGAUCAAGUGUUUCAUGAUAUUCAUGAACCAGAAUUAAUACGUGAAAAGAAAAUUAUUGUACAUGAUGAUCCAUUAGUUGAUAUUAUUGAUGAAACAUAUCCAUUUGAUCCAAGAUAUUUUCGACCAUUAAUGGCUACUGUACGUGUUGCACUUCAUAAUAUAACUGGUCAUCUUAUUCAUCAUACUGAUGAUGAACCAUGUCCAAUAGCUUUUUGUGAACGACUUUGCUUUGAAAUGACAACUGAUCUAGAUGAAACAAGAUUACAAGUAUUUUUUCUACCAGUUAAUAUUUAUAUUGAAGAUACAAUUGUUGUAAGUAUAUAA